AUGGCACCUGGUCCUUUUAGGAGAAAGCCCCUGGGGCUCGAUGUACCCCGCAACCCUACUCCUGACUCGCCGCCUGGCAUUGCGGCGCUAUUCGUCAUCCGCUUCGAUGUCAAGGCUGGAUAUGUCAUUUCGUGGAAACGUACCAUUCCUGGAGUCGAGAUAGAAGGAGUUGUCGAAUACAAAUCGCUUCCGUCGGGUCUUCACAAUGUCUCUGAGGACUUAGUAUAUUUCGUCCAUGAACAGUAUGCCGGUAUCAGUUCGUUCAUCAACCAGCCUGCGGAUGAAGCAGAGCGCAAUGCGCAGAUGUUCGCCGUGGGGGUUCUGGUCCCUCUGAGCUCUGGUAGACUUGGGAAAAGUUGGAGACACGCUCCAAGGCUAAAAGAAUUGGCAGAGACCUAUGCCAAGGAUAUGACCAACACGCAACCUUUGUCGGACUACUGGGAUAACUUUGAGAUUCGCGUGAACGAUGCAUCGACCAUACCUCCUGAUUCUCCUCUGGAAUCACCUCUCAGCUUCCGUUUGAGAGAGCGACCGGACAGCUUACAGCGAAAUCGCGCAUUCAGCGACGCAAUAGUACUGGAAGCGUCAAGGCCGGCCCUGACGCCUUUCCAUCCAGCAUCCUCACUUCCCGAAUUUCUUGACUCUUUCGGUCCUUUGAUAUUCCCAUUGUACAGAGCAGCAUUAUUACGCAAGCGUAUUCUUUUCAUGGCCGAAGCGCCCGUCCAUAUACCCUUAUAUGAUUUGUCAUUGUUAGCAUCGCUCCCGAAUUCCCUUCUUCCACUGCUUCCACCCGGCGGUUCACCUCCUCCCCGACCCCGCCCGCUGUUCAAUAUCGGCAUCCAUGAUAUACCCUACCUUUCAUCCUUCGUGCACGUCUCCGCCAACACCGAGCCCGAUGCAGCUUGGAUAGCCUGCAGCACAGAUAGUGUGCUGAGCAUGAAAAGUGAGCUCUUCGACGUCCUGGUUACUUUGCCUCCGCCACAUGCCAGCAACGCAGCCCAAAAAGUCUUCCCUAAAAUCUCCGUCUUGCCUAACCGAAGCGCGCAGCAUAACUCGUCUCAAGCAAUCUACCUGAAAGCCACACAGCGCGAUGCGCGACGCUACACCAUCCUCCGUAAGGGCUUGCACCACAUCUCCUACGAUGACAGCGCAUCUGGCGAAGACGAGGACUCCGAUGCUGCGUCCACAUACUCAUCCAGUCCGGUCGUCGAGCCCCUGUCAUGGACGCGUUUAGCCUACACAUCAUUCAUCUGGUGGGCAUCCGCGGGGGAAAAGCGGGACGGACUCUCGGAAGAAGAGGAAGAAGAGCACCAAAUUGAGCAAGACACGCGGCUCCUAGCCGGUGUGGAAGCCAUGCCGAUCCCGUCGUCGGGAUCUCUAGGCCGCCAUUCCAUGCAAGCGGAGGACGCUUCGCAACCUCCCGAAAUCGCACUGGUCGCCUACUUCCGUCGUCUGACGACCCAGCUCUUCGUCACGUUGUCGGACGUGAUUGCCCGUCAGGAUAACAGAAACGGGGAAGAGGAUGAGGAUACUGGCGCCCCGUACGAGGAUGAACCGGAGGAAGCGGACGCCGAACCUUCAAUUUCCAUUGGCCGGGAAGUUUCCCAAGGAGACGAUUCGAGAUCGCCCUUGUUGCCGUCUGCCGCCAAAUCUUCAUCUGAGGAUGACGAGCCGGUGACUGUUACCUCCGAGGAUAUGACGGAAAUGGGCCUCGAUGUGUGGAGCGCUUCCGACCGCGUCUUUGUCGAGGAGUUGGUGCAAUCAUGGUGGGGUCGCAAAGCCUACAUUGAUAGUGCGCGCAUUAAGUGCUGCGGGAUUUCGAUUGUUUGA